AUGGACACCGACAAGGCGGGCACCGACCUCAAACGUGGCAAGCUCAAGCGCCUCCAAGACGCCGUGCAGCUCCCCCCCGACGCAUUUGCCUUUGCCCUCCGCAACCCUGGCAACCACAACUCGCCCCUGCGCCGUUGGGCAGGCAUUGUCCUCGAUGUCGACACCAAGGAUGGAAAACUACUCGACGAGAUGCUCGACAAGUGCGGCAUUAGCCAGUUGACCAGUGUUGAGCGUGGCGAGAGUGAGCUCCUUGCUACGUGCAAGCAGCUCAAUUCCCAGCGCAUAAAGAUCCAUCUGGGCCAGACCACUCGCUCUUCUGCCGCGAUCAAGUUCGGCCAGAGUCUCAACCUCUUGCGCUCCCUCGUAGACGAUGACCGCGGGCACCAGACAGAGACAAGUGACAAGGCAUUCUUCCUCCUUCUCAACGGUGCGCCCGCCGAGGAGGUCGCGAUGGAGUGGGGCCGCAGUGCAGAAGAGGCCGAGGCCGCAGGUGACCUUUGUCGCUGGGUGCUGGGUUCCCAGCUUGGAUUCCUCAACGUUGGCAGUUCGCUCGCCAUGCUCGCUCAGGAGCCGGGAAUGAUAAAGAGAGGUCGUGACGACACCCUGCAGUUGAAGAUGCGGCACAAUCUCUUCUGCACCUUCUUCACCACCAAAGCCUUGCUCGACGGCCACAUCACCAUUGCCUUCAACUGUGUCCGCGCUGUCGCCCACGGCGACGGAGAGGCGUUCGAUAGGCGAGAGCGAGAUGCUGUAUGUGUACAGACCGGGUUCGAGGCUGCCGUGAAGGAGUUCAACACAGACGUUGCCACCGCAGCCCGCGCCAUUCGCCUCGCGCCGUACAUGUACUGUCACCGUGACAUGUCCAAGCCCAGUCUCGGUUUUAAGCUUGUUAAGUUUAUUAUCUUGUACAUUCAGGACAGCUUUGGCCGCGGCUUUGGCUCGCUCAAGAUCAUCUGGACGGACAUCUGUCAGCUCCUCGACCCUCUCCACUCGUUUGGACAGGUGAUCUUGUCCAAAGAGGAGAAAGAGACGCUGGAAAGGAUGACCUCCACGCACGUAGACCCCAUCACCGCCGACGAGCUCCUCCCUUGUGUUCCAAUGUCCACCAUCCUCAACUACUCCGAGGUGCACAAGAAGAAGCGCAGUGCAAAGGACACUCCCAAGGGCAAGAACCGCUCCAAGGGCAAGAAGAAUGUCGCCUCCGAUGACUCUGAUGAGGUCGACUCCGACGAAUCCGACGACUCUGGGGGUAACUACUCUGACAACGACGACGACGUCGCCGAGGGUAUCGACGACAAAGAGGAGACCGGUGUGCUGCCUGACCAUGAUGAUUGGAGCUGGCUCUAG